AUGUCGCCUGUAAAUGCUAGAAAGGCCAAGCUGAACGACGGAAACGAGAUUCCCAUCAUUGGUCUGGGAACUUUUCUGUCUGCGCCAAAUGAAGUCACCAACGCUGUUAUCGCCGGAUGGAAAAGUGGAAUGCGCCAUUUCGACUGCGCUCAAUUCUACAGAAAUGAACAAGAGGUUGGGACUGCCCUUAAGACCUUGGCGAAUGAGCUAGGAUUCAGGCGUGAAGACAUUUGGCUGACUAGCAAACCAAUCAAAAGUCAUCAUCGACCUGAGAAUGUAAAAAAGGCCUUGGAUCAGACUUUGAAAGACUUGCAGACGAGCUACAUCGACUUAUACCUGAUUCAUUGGCCCGCAAAUUUCGCAGCGAUCCCGGAUCCUGCAAGCCCAACAGGAGUCGCUCUUGAGCCUUCGGAAAAUGGCACGAUGAUUCUUGACGACGAACUCAGCUUGGUAGACACGUGGAGAGCCUUGAUCGAGUUGCAGCAGCAAGGCAGGGUAAAGAGCAUUGGUGUCAGUAACUUCAGUCCCAAACAUAUUCAGAAGUUGAUUGACGAGACUGGGGUCUUGCCAGCUGUCAACCAGGUUGAAGCACAUCCGCUAUUGAAUCAAGCUGGGCUGUUGGAGUAUUGCCAGAGCAAAGGUAUCCACAUAACAGCUUAUAUGCCAUUUGGCGGCGAUGUCGGUCGUGGCGGAAAUCAAGUUUUGGGCAAUCCACUCGUUGCGCAAAUUGCGGACACGACAGGAAAGCAAGCUGGUCAGGUUCUCGUUUCAUGGAGUAUCAAGCGCGGUUUCUCUGUACUCCCCAAAUCGGUCAAGCCCGCCAGGAUCGAAGCCAACUUCCAGGCCUUUGAGUUGAGCGACGAGCACUAUGCGGCAUUGACCAAUCUGGGCAAGGUUCCUGUGCGCUUUGGAGGUCUCCCGUACACGUUUGAUCCAGCCUGGAAGGUCAAUGUUUUUGACACUCCCGAAGAACGUGCCGCGGAUUUGUUUGAACCGAAAUAG